GCAAUAGCAAGCAAAAUAACAAUGGCAGGUAAGAACAGAACGGGGGGAAAGCACCGCCUUCGGAAGGUCACCAAAUCAUCAAGCCAGCCACCGGUUGUACAACAGGUACUUAUUCCCCCUGACAUAAUUACUGAAAUACUCUCAAUGCUGCCACCCAAAGCUUUUGCGCGGUUCCGAUGCCUUUCCAAGUCCUUCAACUCAUUCUUGACAGAAUCGCGAUUGAUCCAGAAUCUCGCCCUGCACCCGACCCAGAAACUAGAAAUUCAGAAGCUUCUUUUCAACAACGAUCACCAUACCUGUCCUCCUCGCUCCCUCAAUCUAGAAAAAAUCGAUCUUGACCAUUGCUCUUUAGGUGUAUAUUUCUUCGAGAAACUUGAUUUACCAUACGUGUCUUCCAGUGUGGCUUCUUGUAAUGGCUUGUUAAUCGAUUAUUACUACAGCGGGACAUUCAUCCUGCUUAAUCCCUCAACUGGCGAGUACCGGAGUGAAGCACGGCCCUACGGUGAGUUUUUCGGGUUCGGAUAUGAUCUAACCAACGAAGAUUACAAGAUUUUAGUUGGUUCAUGGUCUAAUGUGGAGCACGUAGAUCACAAUAUUUGCAUAGCAAAAGUAUUCUCCUUUCAAAAUAAACGCUGGAAAUCAAUAAAUCCAGACCCUUCAGCAAAACUCAAACCAAUUGGAGAAGGAGCGGUUUAUGUGUGUGGUGCUUUACACUGGAUAGCACUGGACUGCUGCCACUACCACAGCUGCAGAUACAGCUAUUACCACGACAACCAUGGCCGCUAUUACCGCCAAUAUAUAAGUGCAUUGGGUGGGCGAUUAUGCAUGACCAUGCACCACUCAAUCACCAAGAGCACUGAUAUUUGGGUAAUGGAGAAAUAUGGAGAUGCAAAAUCAUGGAUCAAGUUGCAGACUAUAUGCCGAUAUUACAACUCUGAUUUGAAGUAUUGCUUGUCAUCGAUUUGCUAUACAAAAAAUGGUUGUAUUGUUUGUAGGAGUCCUUAUCAUUUGGGUUUGGAUAUAUAUGAUCCGAGGAAUAAGUCGUGGAGUGUACUAGAGUUUCCUAGGGAUUUACAGCCAAUGUGUUUGAGGGCAGCCUACGAAGAGAAUUUCGUUUCACUUAGAGAGUUACUAGGAGAUCAGAUUAAUUAGAUGGAUUUCCGUAUGUUACAAGUUAUUCUGUGUUUCCUUUGGUUUCCUUGUUAAUUUGUUAUGUUACAAGUGAUUUCGUUUCACUUACGUGGAGACAUUAAUUUCUAUCAAAGGGUUGCAGGGCAGGAAAUGAGGUUUCUACUUCCAUCCUCAUGAUUCAUAUGUAGUAUAGGAUUAUUGGAUUACCUGAUUGUUUGUUGGAAGAUUAGGAUGCUGGUUUUGAUAGUAAGUAAAAUUCAUGUGACGGAGAUUGUAGAUUUAAGAAAACUAUGUGAGUUGGGAUUAUAACUUAUGCAGCAGGGUGCUGCCCUUUUAGCUUUUACUCUGUUUUUUUAUCCUGUUUUUGAGAUGUCCGUUCAAGAUUGCUACUACUAAUGUAUUUGAAAAGAACUUACAAUAAGUACUCCUUUUCCGU